UCCUCCUCUUCCACCUCCACCUCCUCCUCCACAUAGCGCUGCCUUCCCUGCACAAGAUCUGUUUUAUGUGACUCCAGCAGGCGACGCAGGAUGACUACUACCUUAUCGCUGGUGAUUCUGUGCGCUUUGGUGGCGUUAGUGCUGACGUCGAAGACGGAGCGAGCAGUGCAGCUCCCCUGUGACUCCGGCCAGUACACCCGCGGUGGUGAAUGCUGCCUGGAGUGUCCACCUGGAGAGGGAGUGGUGAAGGAAUGCGGCGACACGCAGACGGUUUGCGCCCAGUGUUUAGACAGUGAGACCUUCUCAGAGAACUACAGUCACACAGAGCGAUGCAGGCCCUGCACUCAAUGCACCGGCCUGAUGCGGAUGGAGACGCCCUGCACCGACUCCAACGACGCCAUCUGCGUCUGCAACUACAACUAUUUCUUCGACGCGAUAACGGGCCAGUGCGUUCCGUGUACGGUGUGCCCGGCAGGUCAGGGCGUGUUUGCGCACUGCGAACACAGUCAUGACACGGCGUGUGAGGAGUGUGUGGACGAUACCUACUCCGAGCGGGAAAGCUCCCUCGACCCCUGCCUGCCCUGCACCAUCUGUGACGAGGAAACUGAGAUACAGCUGGCUGUGUGCACGCCAACCAGUGACUCUAUCUGCCAUAAUCCUCUCCUCCCAACAUAUCUCGCUCCCACCUCCGAUAUGGGUCUGUCACCACCUUCCUUCACCAAUUACUUCCUCCCUGAGGGGUCCGACAGCCCGUUGCCAGGAGGAGAGACGACCACGUCCAGCGCCGGCUCCCCUCGCUUCCUCGGCCACGGGCUCAACGAAAACCUCAUCCCCAUCUACUGCUCCAUCCUGGCUGCUGUGGUGGUGGGCCUGGUGGCUUACAUUGUUUUUAAGAGGUGGAAUAGCUGCAAGCAGAACAAACAGGCCGCUAAUAACCGUGCGGCUACUAACAACCAGAUGGUGACGCCGGAGGGUGAGAAGCUGCACAGCGACAGUGGCAUCUCGGUGGACAGUCAGAGUCUGCAGGAGCAGCAGCAGCAGCAGCAGCAGCAGCAGCAGCAGGCCCAGGCUGAAGUCCAGGCUCAGCCCUCACACUCACAUACACAGGAACAAAUAGUGGUGAGGGUGGAUGGUGGCCCUCAGCCUGACACGCCUCCCCCCAAAGUCUGAGGAAGAGGAGGAAGCGUCAGAGCUGAAGACAGGGAGAAGAGAGUGGGGACCUGAAUGAAAAGGAAAGCGGGGUGGGGCCACAGGGGGAUGUUAAACUGGACUCUGAUUCAUAUGUGAUGUGGCCACAGAGCAAAGACUUUUCUUGUGGACCUCUCGGCACCUUUCAGACCACAGUUUUUGACUCUUCACCCCUGCAUAUAGAGUCCAACUCUGUCAGCGUGCCUGGACACCACCUCUACGGCAAUAUCAACCGCUAUCUGUACCAAUGUCACUGCAGAUACAUAAUUAUAGAUAUAUGCCAGUGCGUCUCGUAUUAACCGACUAUUCCAGUAUGUAAUAUUGACAUGAUUCUCACUAACUGCCGACUUACUAUCCUCUGCCCCCUUUCUGAGCUUUCCAUUUUCUCCUCCAGUUCCACAAUCACUAGCCAUGAACGGUACAUGCCUGAAAGUUAAACAGGUUCUCCAUUAUCUCCCCUUUCUUUUCCCCCUGCAUCAAAUAGACCUUUCUCCUCUCACAACUUCCUCUGUGGCAUCCCACUCUCAGAUAAUCCUCUGUCUCUCUCCGUAGGAUUCACUCUAUUAGACCCCCGCAGUCAGCAGCGAUACAGAAAGCAGCAGGGGAGCUGUGAGUCACUCCCAACUUCCGUCUGAAGUUUCUUGUUCUCUAAUCAUUUAACCACAGACGCAUUUCAUGGCAUGUUGUCUUGUGAAAUGUUUGCGUCAUUGUUUGAGGUUGGCUGCACCGGCUGAUGCAAGUGACUCAUAUUUGGGAAAAAAAAGGUCAAUAGCUGAGGAGCCCGCUCGCUAAUCCUGCACUCUGCGGUCUCUAUCCCAUCGCUCACAUAGACCCCUUCACAGUCCCCUCAAGGAUUGUGUUUCAGUAAAUUCAUGCUUAUGAUGUAACGUAUCCCGAAUGUUUGUCUGCUGCUCGUGGUGCGUUACUUUCAUUUUGUGGCUUGAGUUACACGGCUGAUUCAGCAGGGUUGAACAUGUGAGAAGCAUCUCUGGUGCUCUGCUGACUCACUGCGAUGAAGCGAAGCCAUCUCGUGAGCAAAGAAGGAGCCGUGACGUCACCGGUGACCCAGUAUACAGAGCUCCUCACAUAUCAGAAUUUCAGUACUGAAAAGUGUGUGAAAAGGAAUCCCAUUUGUCAUUCUUUACACUUACUGGAUGGAAAAUUGGGACACCCCUCAGAGGCAGUUUUCAGCUUAUCCUCAUCUCCCUGACACCAACACAUACUCACUCUUACAGUCUUGCUCGCAGCUCUGUCCCUGUGAUAGAGGCUGAUAAACAGGCUUGAGGCGCUAAUGCAUUGGCGGCGGCGCUCACGUCAACACAGGGGCCCAUUAGAGAGACGUCCUGACAGGCAGGUAGUAAUUACCUCAGGGUUUCAGCUUCAUUUAGCCUCUGCUCCGCUCGGCUAAGCCACUUCUCAUCGGGAUUAAUGCAGCGGACAACAGAUGGGCUACGCUGCUCUCUUUGAAGCCGCAACGUGACAUCUCAGACCCCUCAUCCAAGUCCGAGGCCACUGACAUUUACUAUAUCGCCAUGGUGAUAUAAAAGCACUUAGCAGCAAGGAUGAGUGGCACCUUUUAGAUCACCGGACCACUUUUAUGUCGGCCCCCUGCUGGUGUAAGUGUAAAGGCAGCAUAUAUCCUGUAGAAGCCGAACUUGACUGCACUUCUUUAGUAUUCAUUCCUACAGGGGCAAAAAAGAAAGUCUAAAAGUAUAAAAGUGAUCUUUAGAGGAUUUCUGUGAACAAUCUGUAGAUGUAUGAUAGAUUAGGUAGAUAGACAGGAACGCAUCUAAAGCUGUUAUGUUGAAAAUAGAAAUAUGUGGAAAGAUGAGUUUGUUGUUAGCAACAUGAUUCAGUCACUCAUGGUUUCAAAGAAAUAGUAGACAGCAGCUGGUUAGCUUAGCUUAGUUUAGCAUAAAGAAACAGGGGGGGAACAUCUAGCUGGCCAAAAGUACCAAAAUCCACCCACCAGCACCUUUGAAGCUCACUAAUUCAAACAUCUCAUUUGUUUAAUAGAAAACACUGAAGUGUUAAACAGGACGCGUUGGGUUUUUACAGGUCACAGUAUAACCUUUGUGAAAGUGACGUCACUCUCCUCGUGUAACUCUCGCAGAGAUGGCAAAUUAAGAAUAUGAUCAGUUUAAAUGAGAAACUUGUUUGGUAGAGUUUAGUGAGCAACAGACGGAAAGGAAAUGUCAGGCAGACAGAGAAGGUGAGUCAUUACACCCAGUGUGAUGCUGCGUCGAUUUCUCCCACAGUCACCAACAUCUCAAGACAAUUAAACUUUCUGCUCUCUUCACGCGUGAUUCAUCCUGCAGGCAGCAGGAUGAAUGGAAACAAAUCAAAUGCUGCUGUAUUUUUUGCUCACAGCUUUUCAGUUGAUGUGGGCAUGCGAUGUGGACAUGUGACCACACACACACACACACACACACACACACUCACACAGCGAGAGUGUAUGAUUCACUCCUCGACUGAGAGAGCUGGCAUGAUUCAUCCUGAUCCUCGCUGUGGCAGUGACAUUAAAGCAGACGCUGCUACAGUACGAGUGACCAUGCUGAUUUAAAGAAAAGCAGAAAGCUCCACUCCGUCUCCCCCAGACGCCCAAUCAGACUCUCUCUCUCUCUCUGGUGGCUUGUGAGAGAGAGGAACACACACACACACACACACACACACAAUGUAAGAAUGUACAACUCGAAUCUAAACAGAAAUAUGCAAGACACAUUCAAGGAUCCGGUUUAAAUUUGCCCUCCUUCUGUUGUUGUAACUUGUUUUUGUCUUUACAGUUUCCUGUUGGUUUUUCUUAUGAAUAGCAUUACACUUUUGGAAUCAGUAUUUUUUCUAACUGAUAUGUUCUUUUGUAGCACUUAUUAGACGUAAUAUGAAUGCACUCAAAGAGUGUACCACAGUUCAAGUGCCUGUGUACAGUGUCAGGUGUCUUUAAGUUCAAGCAUUUGACUUUAUACAUUUUUUUCCACUUACUAUGUUUUUUUCUUUUAAAUGUGCAUUUCUUUGAUAUUUUGAGAGCUAAUGAAGGUUUUUAGUAAACAGAAGUCAGAACUGUAGAUGAACCUCGGAGACGCAAACAAACUGUAUAAAACUGGCACCAAUAUAGAGACUUACAGUACAAAUAGGUUGCCAGUGAACACAUACUGUAUGUUAAUGUUAUAUAAAUACUGGCAUCUAAUAUGGUCAUGUAGCAUUACAGGAACAUAUACAUACGUCACCCAGGACUUCUGCUCUAAAACUCACAUGUGCUACUAGUGAAGAGAAAUCAGCUCUACUGUGCAGGGUUUUUCACGUACAGUUAACUUUCAUACUGUACCUCCAUUUCAGAGGCGACGGGACGUGUACUUUGCCGUAACAUGAAAUCUAUGGGUCUGUGAUGUCAUCACAGACUUUAUAGAUCAGCUGAAUGUCACCUGUACUUACCUACUAAUGUAAAUGCAUUGUGUAAAUGUGAAUUUCUUAGAGCUGAUACAUGAUAUAAAAAUACACCAUGAAAAAUGUUAAAAAAAAAGGGAUAAAAAUGUGUGCAGAUGAAUUGAGCAUCUAUAAUACAAUAAACAGAGAUGUCAUCGCA